GCGGCGCUGCGGGGAGACACGGACUGACUGACUGACUGACUGGGAGUCACUGAGCUGCACACCGUGGAGCUGCUUUCACCUCACGACGGCCUCUCCACGUGAGGGGGCAACACUCGGAGAUUAUAUUACCCCUUCCCCCCCCUCCAUCAACUGAAACUUUCUGUCCGGGCUGUUUGGGUGAAGAAGUGCUGUGUUUUAUUAUUUUAGUGUGUGUCCCCCCCCCGCACUGGGAGACAAAGAGGCUGAGGGCACGGACUCGGACGCUUGGCUUUUACCCCCCGAUUUGCUUGUGGUAUUUUCGGGGUCGGGGGGGGAUUGAGGUGUUUUUGUUCUCUCUCUCUCGCCGCCGCCGCCGCCUUUUUUAAAUCGAGAAAAUAGAGAGCGGGAGGAAGCGGCCGCCGCUCGGGCUCACCAUGGGCUGCACCAUCAGCGCUGAGGAUAAAGCCGCCGCCGAGCGAUCCAAAAUGAUCGAUAAACACCUGCGGGACGAUGGCGAGAAGGCGGCGCGAGAGGUCAAACUGCUGCUCCUCGGUGCUGGAGAAUCGGGAAAAAGUACAAUUGUAAAGCAAAUGAAGAUUAUCCAUGAGCAAGGCUACUCAGAAGAGGAACGCAGGCAGUACAAGGCAGUGGUGUACAGCAACACCAUCCAGUCUAUCAUGGCCAUCAUCAAAGCCAUGACAAACCUGAAGAUCGACUAUGGAGAAGCUGGCCGGGGGGAUGAUGCACGGCAGCUAUUUGCACUCUCUGCAACUGCUGAGGAACAGGGCAUUAUGCCUGAGGACCUGGCCAAUGUCAUAAGGAGACUCUGGGGUGAUGGCGGAGUUCAGGCUUGUUUCGGUCGAUCUAGGGAAUAUCAACUCAACGAUUCUGCGGCUUAUUACCUGAAUGAUCUGGAGAGGAUAUCGCAAUCCGAUUACAUCCCGACAGACCAAGACCUGCUACGAACCAGAGUCAAGACAACUGGCAUUGUAGAGACCCACUUCACCUUUAAGGACCUGCAUUUCAAAAUGUUUGAUGUUGGUGGCCAGAGAUCGGAGAGAAAGAAGUGGAUCCAUUGCUUUGAAGGAGUUACUGCUAUCAUCUUCUGUGUUGCGCUCAGUGCCUAUGACCUGGUUCUGGCGGAGGAUGAGGAAAUGAAUCGCAUGCACGAGAGCAUGAAGCUGUUUGACAGCAUCUGUAACAACAAGUGGUUCACUGACACCUCCAUCAUUCUCUUCCUCAACAAGAAAGAUCUCUUUGAAGAGAAGAUCACCAAAAGCCCGCUGGCCAUCUGCUUCCCCGAAUACUCCGGAGCAAACAAGUAUGACGAGGCUGCAGCCUACAUUCAAACCAAAUUUGAGGACCUGAACAAAAGGAAGGACACCAAAGAGAUCUACACACACUUCACCUGUGCCACAGACACCAAGCACGUGCAAUUUGUCUUCGAUGCCGUCACUGAUGUCAUUAUCAAGAAUAACCUGAAGGAUUGCGGUCUCUUCUAAUGAACGGAAGAGUGAAGGAUUAUACAAACUGCUCAGUGUGAAGGUUACCAGAGGAAGGACUGCACCAAUAAACUAGCUUUCUGCUUUUAAUUGCUUUUUACAAAAGACUUAAGAUUAUGAAUGCUUUGCAAAUUUCUCCAGUCUUUUUAUUCUCAUCCCCCACCCCUCCCCCCGAUAACACUGAUUUUUACUAUUUAAUUAAUUAUAUUUUUUUGCGAGAAUUGCCUUUUUUUCCAAAAACACAGAUAUCCUUGAGUUGAAAUAAUGAAAGCUGCGUUGGGCGAAACGUGGUCAUUUCUUAUGUGUCAGGUUUGGGUGUCAGAAUGUGUGUUAGAUCAAGCAUGUAUGAAGUUACAAAAAUGCUCUGCCUCAUUUUGUCAAAGACAACAACUCAGACGAGCAGGGUUUCUGUAUCCCUCUAAAAGCUCUAUCCCCUUGCAAGAAGCAGUGUGCAAGCCGAUUUGCAUGUAUAUCUGAGUCUCCUUACCUUUAUAUGUUGAGCAGACAUUCCUAAAAAGUGGCUUUGUAAAAAAAAAAUUAGGCCUUGAUAGCUACUAAGCUGGAAAUUAUCAUAUUUAAAAUUCAAGUAACCUACAAAGUUCUGACAUGAAGUUUGCUACAGUGCAUUUUGUGCCUUGAAUAUAGCUUUGUUUACAGCCUGUAACUGAGUUCAACUUUCGUUUUAGUAGUGUUUGCAAUUUUAUUUCCUGGAACUCCUGACCCAAGUGAUUUUUACCUUAAUUUACUUUGGCAUAUCCAGUGAUACAGUCUGUGUUCUUCUGAUGUGUUCCUCUGUUUCAAUGGCCCAUCUUGUUAUUUGUUGCAUUAACUCUUCAUGCGCAUGGUGAAUUUUCCACAUGUACAGUAGUUCCAUCUGCAUUUGUUUUGUUAAUUUAUUACUCUAAAGCUUCCUUUAGUCCUUUGUAAAGAUGUUUCCCCUUUUCUGUAGCUUCACCUCUUCCCUACCAGGCUGACCCAAAGAUUUAUGGAGACUCAAGUGUUUUCUAAAUAUAGGUUAGAGGGAGGAAAGCGAGACACAUUAAAUGUCUUGUUUUUAAUACAAAAUGCCGGCCUUCCGUCUGAUCUCUCUCUUGAUCACCCUCCUCUCUGUCUCUCCCACUUGCCCUAGUGCUGAAUAUCUCUUGUAGUACCUAGCUAGUUUCUGAGAGCUUUUGUGAACACCAUUCUCGGUAGAUUUGGGUCAGUGAUAAACCACAAGAGUUACCGUCUGCUUGGAUUACAAAAGCUUGGAUUUAAUUAAUGCCUCCUUCCCUUUCAUCCAAUUGCACUCAAGCUUGAUGGUCGGGGAGAGUGAGGAUCACCGAUUUCUUAGCUUAGUUUGAGAGACUUUAAUGCGUGUGCCAUGUAGAAGAUCCCAUGUUAUUUUUUGGUGUAAAAUUGACAGUAAUGUCCAUGCUCCAAGUAUUACCAGUGGAUUUAAUGAUGCAAUGCUUGGUGCGACAUUAGAUGGAUGGGUUUAAAAAAAAAUUACCUAGUAGCUCACUUCCUUUCUAACAAUUCAAGUAAAACCCAUUUCACCUCCUCUCACUCACUCCUGCCUUCUCACUCUUCCUAGUUGAAUCAGAAGUCACUUUGGUGUGUCUGAAAUUCUUCAACAAAUAGAAAUCCUCACUUAGUUUAAGAUAAUUGUAGAAGUUGAAAGAUUCUGUCCUCCCCCUGGACACAGUGGAGUUGUAAUGUGGAGGUGACAAGAGCCGGAAGAGUUAAAGCAAAGAAUAAGCAUUUCAUUUCCGUUCACCCUCUCGCGUGUCUUUUCACUUUGAAGCCUGUUGUGUUCUCUUCGCUUAAUGAUAUUGAAAGCACUAAAAAAAACUUUUCUUAAUAAAUAAAAUCUGAUGCAACACAUUGCUGCUUGGCUCUCACAGCCCUGCAUAGACUCCGUUGAAAAUCGUAUCAGCACAAUCUGAUUUUAUUGAGUUUUUAAUAACACCUUUUAAACAAACACUCUAGCAGUUUUUAAGUAUUAGUGACAUUGGUCUUUUCAAGCUCCAACUUAUGUUUCUCAGGCAGUCCUUCAUCUAUGCGAAGAGCAUUGACUAUUUAUAACUACUGGAUCAGUGAUUCACAGAAGGCUGUUUAAAUAUCUGACUUUUGUAAAUUUGGAAGAGAGGGUUUUUUCAGUUCCACUUAUGUUGCAUACCAGAUUUAUUCCUAGAUUUAAAAUUAUUAUUCCAUUCCAUAUCUAUGUACAGCAGUCCAUUAACUACAAAGUCAUUAUAUUAAAACAAAAUCCUAAAUUCAAUCCCUUAACUGGAAAAUGCUUCUAACAUUACGAGUCCUGUUUAUCCACCCCGACUCCCAAUAUUACAGUUUGCAAAUCUGAUUGUUCACCACAAUUCCCAAUUCAUUGUUGUUUUCCAGUUUGAGGCUGAUCGUUCAGCUAAGACCACCCUAGCCAUUAGGGCUUUGGCUUGCAGGGUUAACAGUAGUUGAGUGGGAAGAGUCCCUGCUUUCAGUCUGCCCCUUCAAGUCCUUCAAGCAGCAAUGUGUUGCAUGAUGGACAAGGGAGGUCAGGUGCAACAUGAAUUUGACUGAAAAUUAUGUCGUUGAGAUUUUAGUUUGUAAAGGAAUUUGUCGAUGUUGGACAAUUUUUCUUCCAACAGAAAAGUCACUGAGAACCAAGGAACUUAUCGAUUUACUAAAAACCUGUUAAAACUUUGAAGCAGCCUUUUCUGUAUUUAAUUUUUGUGUACUUUUUAUAUAUGUAUAAAAACAAAACUUAGCUUGCAAUAUUUAGAGCAAGAGAACCUUGGUAAAUAGGAAAGAGCUAAUUGUAGAUCAUGGUUUUAUGUGAGUUAAAUUUAAAAAUAAUAGUGAAGGAAAGCUUUGCAACAUUAAAAUAAAUUGUCCAUUUCUUCUGUUGAGCUUUUUUUCUGACGGUCAGGUAUGUUGGUUCAGUUUAUUUGCGACGAGUUUUUCCUAAGAAUCAAAUUAACAACAACAUGCUAUCUGAAAAUAUUUGACCAGCUGUCAUUUUUAUUGUUAUUACUUAUAAAAUAACUUACAUCCACACAUGCCCACAACUCUUCAAUUUGUACUGAGGCCAACAUGCAUUGAAACCAUGUAAGUUUCUUACAAUAUAUUACCUGGUGUAAAAACGUUGAAAAAAUAAAAGACCAAAUUAA